CUAGCUCGACUUUACUUCGUGGUCGAUCAAGAAUUCAUUCAUAUUCUGAACAUACACACAUUCCGUUCUAUACAAAUUAUGAUCCAUACAAGACACGUUUUAACAAAUAUAUAUAUACACACACAUAGAUCUUAAUUGGUUAAGAAAAUGUUGAAAACCACUACGUUACUUGUGUUUCUAGCUAGCCGCAAAAGCCAACUUGCAUUAUUGACUUGAGGAACAAAUUCAUGCAAAUAUCUCCUUCUUUAAGCAUAUUGAAGUUAAUACAAGCACUUUUCUGGUUCUUGAAAACCUGCACUAAGAUAAUAUUGAAGGUUAAUCUACUUCCAGGAAAACAAGGCCAUAGUGAUGUAGAUGGAGAAGUUUGCAACCCAUUGAACCAAAUGGUUACUAAAAAACACAUUCCGAGAAUAAAUGGAGAUAUACCUUCGGCAGAUGAAACAAUUUCUGAUCAUGAAAGGCUACAAAAAAAGAUUACUGGAGAAUGGUUUGGUUGAGCACCAAGUUAAAGGGGAUGGAAACUGUCAGUUUCGUGCUUUAUCAGAUGAAAUAUAUGGUACACCUGAAUGGCACAAUUGUGUCAGGGAGCAUGUUGUUAAUCAGCUUAAAAGUCACCCAGAGAUGUACAAGGGUCAUGUUCCCAUGGUCUAUGAUGACUACUUAAAGAAGAUGUCAAAGAGUGGGGCAUGGGGUGAUCAUGUUACAUUGCAGGCCGCUGCAGACCUUUAUGGUGUUAAAGUUCUUGUCAUAACAUCUUUCAAGGACACUGGUUUUCUUGAGAUUCUUCCAAACGUAAAGAAAUCAGAAAAAGUCAUUAAUCUAAGUUUUUGGGCCGAGGUGCAUUACAACUCCGUACAUCCCAAAGGUAUAGUCUUAUAUCAUUAUCAAC